UAAGGCUAACUAAUAUUCAACAGUUAUCAAAUCAGCACCAGUUCCAAUAAAUUAAAAGGCUGACCAAAAGGGCAGUUUGGUCAUAAAUACACACAAAAAAGGUCCUAAUAAAAACAGAGGAAAACCAGUUUUCUGAUUCAGUUUGAAUUGGAUUUUUUGAUUCCACAAUUUCUAUUUCCUCUAGAAACUGACAUGAAUCAACACCCUCGUUUUUCCCAUUUUGCCCUCAUCCUCAUCCUCUUCCUCUUCCUUCUCCAUUUCCCUACAUUCUUCUACAAAUCCCAAGCUCUGACAAACGGCGGCCGGCAUACUAAAGCUCCUACCACCAACUCCUCCUCGUCGGUGGCGGCACUUUUGGUGUUCGGAGAUUCCACCGUCGAUCCCGGUAAUAAUAACUUCGUUCCUACCAUUUUUAGAAGCAAUUUUCCUCCUUAUGGCAAAGAUUUCCCCUUCCAUAUCCCCACCGGAAGAUUCUCCAAUGGCCGCCUGAGCACCGAUUUUAUAGCUUCCUACUUCGGAGUGAAGGAUUAUGUUCCGCCGUAUUUAGACCCGACGCUUAGCAUCGAGGAUUUAAUGACGGGCGUCAGUUUUGCCUCCGCAGGUUCCGGGUUCGACCCCCUCACGCCCAAAGUUGGGAACGUUGUGUCGAUAGCAGCACAAGUGGAGUAUUUCAAAGAAUACAAACAAAGAUUGGAAUCUGCAAUUGGAAAGCAAAGAACCAUAAAUCAUAUAAAGAAUACAGUGUUCUUUAUCAGUGCAGCAACCAACGACUUUGUUAUCACUUACUUCAAUUUACCCCUUCGAAGAAAGACAUUCACUCUCUCAGCUUACCAGCAGUUCAUCAUUCAACAAAUCUCCCAAUUUUUCCAGGCCUUAUGGGCCGAAGGAGCAAGAAGAAUCGUGAUGCCGGGGUUAGCGCCGAUGGGAUGCUUGCCGGUGGUGAUAACGCUAUAUUCCAGCAACGCCUUCCUCGAACGCGGCUGCAUCGACCGCUACUCCGCCGCCGCCAGAGACUUUAACGCUCUUCUCCAAGCCGAACUCCUCUCUUUACAGACUCGUCUCUCUCAAAAAUCCCCCACUUUCAUCGCCUACAUCGACGCCUACGAUCGCGUCACCGAAAUCAUCCGCAACGUCGGAAAAUCCGGGUUUGAAAAAGUGGAUGUUGGGUGCUGUGGAAGCGGGUACUUGGAGAUGUCGCUGCUUUGUAAUUACAAAUCACCGGUGUGCCCUGACGCUGACAAGUAUUUGUUUUUUGACGCGAUUCAUCCGACGGAGAAGUUGUAUUACAACCUUUUUCAGGCUGGAAUCCCGGCGUUUGAUUAUGUCACCAGAGAUUUGCGUUGAUUUUGUUUUGAAGUUUUACCAUUCUUAUUUUUUAAAGGAAAAAAAAAGUAUUUUAUAUAUAUAUAUAUAUAUUACAAAUAUAUAUUUUUUAAAAGCGUAUUAUAUUACAAUGAACAACGAAUAUGAUUUAAGUUGGAAUAGUGGCUGUAAAAAUAUAUAUAAAAAAAGAGUCGGGUAUAGUGAGCAUAACUCACAAGUAAUUGAAUGCUUCAAAAUUUUGGAAGAUAUUUUAGAGAACAUGAAAUGUAUGGUUUGAAUUUUCCUAUCCAUUGUAGUCGAGAAUAACUAUUUAUACUUGGAUCUUGACUCUCAUGUCUGUUGUAUUGAAAGAUAAAGAAUAAUAUUAAAUUUUUUUUUUGUUA